CUCCUGUUGCAGAAACGCUUUCCAGGAAAUCACUAUCUGACCAAGACAACGCUAUCAGUGAAGGCAUGGACAUGCAAGCGCACGUGAUAUAUAGCAAUUUAUGUGUCAGCGACAUCAAGCUGAAAGAGAGCAGAGACAGGAAAAGACACUGAGCUCAGAGCAUAGCAGAAUACUGGAACCAUCUGGUUGAACUUUCGCAGAACUUUCAGAGCUUGAAAAUCAUCAUUCCUACCUCACUGCGCACAGAGAUGUUAUCCAGGAUGCAUGCAGAGAGCACGAGACAUCCUGUUUUGUCCAGGGAUGAACAAGCAGAUUAAGGAGAUGGUUAGAAAGUACCACACGAGUCCCGAGCACAGACCUGAGAGGCAUGUAAACCCGGAGUUAAAAUCUUGUAGGCUUUGUGUACAUACCUGGCCAAUGAAAGUGAUUCUGAUUCCAAAAAGUAGGCACAGCAGCAGGCUCGGGGCCUUACAAAGUGUUAAUUUGUUUUGUUGGUGAAGAAGGGCGUGUGCGGCAUGUCAAGGCGGUUUAUCCACUUAUGACAAGACAUUGUUGGUAGAAUCGCACCAUGGAAGUCAAAGUGUUGGUUUGUGGCAUCGUGCUCGUGGUUUUAGCGGUUACAGGAAGCAACGCACAGUUAGAUGAUUGUGGCACUGCGCCGCUCAACGCCAGGAUCGUAGGAGGGGCGGAUGCUGUUCCAGGGUCGUGGCCCUGGCAGGUCAGUCUGCAGACCAAUGGACUGCAUUUCUGUGGAGGCUCCCUGAUCAACAACCAGUGGAUCCUGACUGCUGCUCACUGUUUCAACAUCCCCACUCCCAAUCUCAUCGUUUACCUCGGCCGUGACACCCUGAACUUGUUGACUCCAAACGGAAAGUCCUGGACUGUGUCCCAGAUCGUCAAGCAUCCAAACUAUGAUAAAGAGACGUUCAACAACGACAUAGCCUUGCUGAAGCUGUCCUCUCCUGUUACGUUCACUGACUACAUCAGACCCGUGUGUUUAGCGGCGGACGGCAGCGCCUUUAACAAUGGGACGACCUGCUGGGUCACCGGAUGGGGAAACAUCAAAACUGAGACUCUACUUUCUUCCCCAGGGAGGCUGCAGGAGGUGAGUCUUCCCAUCGUGUCCAACAGUGAUUGUAACUCUUCCUACGGUUUCAUCACAAACAACAUGAUCUGUGCCGGUCUAACCCAGGGGGGACAGGGCACCUGUUUUGGGGAUUCAGGCGGCCCGUUGGUGACUAAAAACGGCUUUGUCUGGGUCCAGGCUGGAAUCGUGAGUUUUGUAGCACAAGAAGGCUGUGCCCUGCCUAAUGUCCCCGAAGGCUUCACCCGAGUGUCCCAGUAUCAGUUCUGGAUCAACAGCCAGAUCAGCAUCUCUGGAGCCGCUCACCUGGUUCCCCUCUCGGUUCCUCUGCUGCUGUCCAUCGUCCCUGUUCUCUUCUCCUUGUCUGUCCUUUCAUAGAAAAUUUAUUUAAUACACCAGGAUUUAAAAUCUGUGUCUCUAUGUCUCGUGGUCACAUAUGUUUUGCCUUUUAAGACUCAUUUAUCUUAAAACAAGCAACAAAAUCUGCUCCUUGAGUCAAAUAUUUUCACCCGUUUUUACCGUUCAGCUUCUCGUGUUUUGCAGAAAAGAGACGACAGAA